GAUUGGUGCACAUUUGCUCGGUCAUCAGGCUUGGAUCUGCUGCUGCUGCUGCUGCUGUUUUGCGUGUGUGAUGAAAUGAAAUGCCAGAAUCGGGCUACCUCCAGGGAGAGCCUCUCUGUCCUAUAAUGUGAGCCAGCCAGCAGCUCUGUGGGAUCUGGGAGACGCUGCAUCCAUCAGGCCUCCAGAGGACCAGACGCCAUCCAACAGGAAGGAGAGAUCUCUGUUUUUUAUAGUCUUCUGCGCUGUGAAGAGAGGGGAUUGUCGUCAUUCCCCCCAUCCAUCCUUUUUCUCCCCUCUCUGGUGGCCCCCUCCCUCCUCCUCCGCCUCCACACUUGCUUCCCCCCCCCCUCAUUCUGUGUCAGAGGAGCGCGUUGGAAUAACGAACCUCCAUGUAUGACAAUUUGUACCUGCAUGGAUUUGAAGACUCGGAGGCGGGCUCAGCUGAUUCAUAUACUAGCAGACCAUCAGACUCAGAUGUCUCUCUGGAGGAGGAGCGUGAGGUGCAGGCCCAGGUCCAGAGCCAGAGCCCAAGCCAGAGCCAAGGACCGGGACAGAGCCGGCAGGAGCGGGAGCAGCAGGCCACCAUCCAGCUGGAGAGAGCCAAGACCAAACCUGUGGCAUUCGCUGUGAGGACCAACGUCAGCUACUGCGGCGCUCUGGAUGAGGAUGUUCCCGUUCCCGCCACAGCUAUCUCCUUCGAUGCCAAGGACUUCCUCCACAUAAAAGAGAAAUUCAACAAUGACUGGUGGAUUGGCCGCUUGGUGAAGGAGGGCUGCGAGAUCGGCUUCAUCCCCAGCCCACUGAAGCUCGAGAACAUCAGGCUCCAGCAGGAGCAAAAAAGAGGACGAGUUCAAGGUAAGUCUGGAGGGAACUCCUCUUCCAGUGUAGAGGAUGAGGUGUCUGCCUCUAUCCGACCCCUCAUAUCCUCGGCAGGAAAGCAGAAACAGAAAGUGACGGAGCACAUCCCCCCGUAUGACGUGGUUCCCUCCAUGAGGCCGGUGGUACUGGUGGGACCUUCACUCAAGGGUUAUGAGGUGACUGAUAUGAUGCAGAAAGCACUCUUUGACUUCCUGAAGCACAGAUUUGAUGGCAGGAUAUCGAUUACACGAGUCACGGCGGAUAUAUCUUUAGCCAAGAGAUCUGUCCUGAACAACCCGAGUAAGCGGGCCAUCAUUGAGCGGUCCAACACCCGUUCCAGCCUCGCUGAAGUGCAAAGCGAGAUCGAGCGGAUCUUUGAGCUGGCCCGUUCCUUGCAGCUGGUAGUGCUGGAUGCCGACACCAUCAACCACCCGGCCCAGCUCCUCAAGACCUCCUUGGCUCCCAUCAUUGUUCACGUCAAAGUGUCCUCACCUAAGGUUCUACAGAGGCUAGUCAAGUCCAGAGGGAAAUCUCAGAGCAAACACCUGAAUGUCCAGCUUGUGGCUGCAGACAAACUGGCUCAAUGUCCUCCGGAAAUGUUUGACAUCAUCUUGGACGAGAACCAGCUGGAGGACGCCUGCGAGCACCUUGCCGAAUACCUCGAGGCCUACUGGAAAGCAACACAUACCUCGAUGGCGACGCCCUUGAACCCCUUGCUGGGACGCAACCUGGGCACCAGCACCCUCACGGCGUACCCCACCAGCAUCUCUGGACUGCAGAGCCAAAGAAUGCAACAGAGCAACCACACGGGAGACCACUCCACUGCGAACGAGCGUCGCAAUCUGAUGACGUCUGAUGAGAACUACCACAACGAGCGAGCACACAAGGGACGCAACCGCAUGUCGUCGGGCUCGCAGCAUAGCCGAGAAGACCCCUACCAGGACUACCAGGACCCCUAUCAGGAUGCGUACAAGCCACACCGCAACCGUAGCUCCCCGGGCAGCUACAGCCAUGACUCCCGGCACCGGCUCUGAACCCACUUGAAUCAUCACAGGCGUCCAGAUGGUCCAGAUUCCACCCACGAAUGAACGCUGCCACAUAGCCAAGAUACCCCCAAGUUGCCCCUAUUUUCAGGGUGGUUCUUCAUGCCUCCAAAACGUUCACUAAAUUCAUUCAAGUUUCAGGACGCCCACGCCAACUUCUGGACCUUCUAGAUCACGCCGAGAAGAACGAUUGUGCUGGCUUCCGUCAGCAGUGGUGCUGACGUGCCGUCACACCGUGUGAGAAGGAGGUCCGCCGCACACAGACUGCUGACAUCCGCGCGCCUAACCAUGUAAAAAUCCUCUCGCCUUUUAGCUUCCUGCAUGUUGAUAGAUGAUGAACGUCUGCUUCCACUGCAUAGCUCUUUUGUAACUAUCCUGUACAUACGGACGUCCCAUUUGGUGAAUCACCGAACUGCGGUUUGAACGGAGGGGUGAACUGGCUGCUAGUUGAAAACUUGGUGCUUCACAUUCCUGAAACAUUUUGGUUGGUUAACAUCACUUUUCAUUUAGGGGCAACGGCCCCUGCCAACGGUUUAGGAGCUCGAGUAUUAUUUUAUUUUUUUUAUUUUAUGUUUUUUUAAAGCAUUUACUGGGUAAGUUUCAAUUUGGUCGUAUUUAAAUGACAGUGCGUUCUUUUUGUUUCCGUGUUGUUUUAGUGGCUUAUUUCCUGUGCUUGCUUUCGCCUGCGUCUCCUCAGGUCCAUUAGGUGCUUGCCAGCCCCGCCCACAUGCCACCAUCUCCUAGCCAAUCAGCCUCCUGCUUGCUUUUGCGUCACGUUGUGUCACUCCUUGAAUCCUGACCCCUUUUGUUGACAAGUUAAAGUCACAUUAACUUCACUUUCUCCUUUUAUUCAACUGAAAGUUCUGCCUAGAAUGAAUUCAUUUAGUUUUUGGAUCCAUCUUGCCAGCUUGAUUGUUCCCUUGAGCUCGCAACACGACCCUUGAGCCGUCGUUCAUGCUAGCAUGAUGCACAUUUCUCCCCCCUGAGAAACGAGCAAAGGAAAGAGAACUGUUGCGUUGCCGUAGGAGGCCGUGCACAGUAACACCUAACAGACAAACGUGUCUUUGAGAAAGUGUUUGCAUGACUUGAGGCGAACGAUGUGACGUCGUGGGGGUGUCCAUGUAGCUCACCCACAUGGUGCUGCUGUGGUUGCUGGUCAUCAUUUUAAAGCUCCUUAUGUUGGUGCUUUGGUUUUUUUUUUGUAAAUAUGUUCUUCUCCAGAACACAAACCCCACCAGCCGACGUUAAAGGAAAACUGCACUUUUUUGGGCGAGAGAGUUUGCCCAUCGUCCACAAUCCUUACGUGAGACAUGAACACACGUCCUUCUCUUCUCUGUGCGUUCUAAAGAUAGGAAAACUCAUGACUGCACAUAAUGGGACACACCUAAGCAGCCUAACAAAGACCGCUAUUAAAAUACCUCCAACAAGGGUUUAUGGUGAUAUAUCCAUGCUGUAACGUAGUAACCGGUACGUUCAUGAUGGACUGGAAUACUUCACAGUAUUUUGCCGUAUUUUUAUCCUUUUAAGCAUGACCGGAACUUCCUUCCUCGGCGCAUUGAUGUCACAUAGCGACACGUAAACGAAGGCCUACACCUGCCGUUAACUUUUCCAAACUCAAAAAUAAAAACACAGCAGCUGUGGUGUCAGCUGCAAUACAGUAUGUAGCCUUACAACAACGUCGCUGUAGCCGGGUUCAUAAGCACGUCAAGCGAUGUGGAAAUGGAGAUUUGUUGCCACUUUUUGGAGUCUUUUUCAGAAGGCUUUAUAGGCGGAAGAUGUGUUUCCCAUUACGUGCAAUAAGGAGCUGUCUCUUUUUAUCUGUUUUUUUAUCAUAAGAACGCAGAGAAAAUAAAGGGACAUACAGUGGUGUGAAAAAGUGUUUGCCCCCUUCCUGAUUUCUUCUUUUUUUGGAUUGUUUGUCACACUUCAAUGUUUCACAUCAUCAAACACAUGUAAAUAUUAGUCAAUGACAACACAACUCAACACAAAACCUUUUAUUAUUAAGGGAGACAAAAAAUCCAAAGCUACAUGUCCCUGUGUGAAAAAGUGAUUGCCCCCUAAAGCUAAUAAGUGGUUGCCCCCCCCUUAGCAGCAACAACUGCAAUCAAGCGUUUGUGAUAACUUGCAAUGAGUCUCUUCCAGCGCUGGGGAGGAAUUUUAGCAGAAUUGUUGUCAUUCAGCCACAUUGGAGGCUUUUCCUUUUUAAGGUCAUGCCACAGCAUCUCAAUAGGAUUCAGGUCAGGACUUGGACUAGACCACUCCAAAGUCUUCAUCCAUUCAGAGGUGGACUUGCUGGUGUGUUUUGGAUCAUUGUCCUGCUGCAGAACCCAAGUUGCUUUCAGCUUGAGGUCACCAACAGAUGGCCGGACAUUCUCCUUCAGCAGAAUUCAUGCUUCCAUUUAUCACAGCAAGUCUUCCUGAAGCAGCAAAAUAGCCCCAGACCAUCACACUACCACCACCAUAUUUUACUGUUGCUAUGAUGUCCUUUUUCUGAAAUGCGGCGUUACUUUUACGCCAGAUGUAAUGGGACACACACCUUCCAAAAAGUUCAACUUUUGUCCUGUCAGACCACAGAGUAUUUUCCCAAAGGUCUUGGGGAUCAUCAAGAUGAGACAAACCUUAAUGUUGUUUUUGUUCAGCAGUGGUUUUGGUCUUGUAACUCUGCCAUGCAGGCCGUUUUUGCCCAGUGUCUUUCUUAUGGUGGAGUCAUGAACUCUGACCUUAACUGAGGCAAGUGAGGCCUGCAGUUCUUUGGAUGUUGAUGUGGGGUCUUUUGUGACCUCUUGGAUGAGUCGUGGCUGCACUCUCAGGGUCAUUUUGGUUGGCCGGCCACUCCUGGGAAGGUUCACCACUGUUCCAUGUUUGGGCCGUUUGUGGAUAAUGGCUCUCACUGUGGUUGGCUGGAGUCCCAAAGCUUUAGAAAUGGCUUUAUAACCUUUUCCACACUCAUAGAUCUUAAUUAUACAUCAAAUCUCAGUUAUGUUAUGUUUUAACGGGGGGGGCAAUCACUUUUUCACACAGGGACAUGUAGCUUUGGAUUUUUUUCUCCCUUAAUAAUAAAAAGUUUCAUUUAAAAAGUGCAUUUUGUGUUGAGUUGUGUUGUCAUUGACUAAUAUUUACAUUUGUUUGAUGAUCUGAAACAUUUAAGUGGGACAAACAUGCAACUGUCAUGGGGGGGCGUGAGAGGCAGGGAGGGCUUUCAGUAUUAGUGCAGACCUGCCAACAUGUAUGAAUUUGUCGUACUCAGCAUGCAUUUUGACUCUUGAAUACGCUUGUAUGCUUCACUGCUCUCCAAUUUGUUGCAUUUUGCUGGUUUCAGUUUCGAGAUCAGUCUGUACAGUAGAAGUGAAUAAAUAGAUAAUAAUCAGUUUCUCGACCGUAUUAUUCGAUUCGAGUUCCUAUGAAUCAUUCACUAAAUUGAACCGCGUACUCGAUUCACCAAACGUGGUAGCAUAGGUGAGUAAGUGAACGGGUUAAUGGAUGCGUAGACCCGUGACUCCCGAUUCAGCAAAAAAACUUGCUCGUUUCGAACAACUCGUUCAUGACCGGCAUGCAGAAAUGUCUCUUGUUUAUUUGGCAUAAACGUUGCAGCUGCAUGCAAAUUCUACAUACUCAUUAAACUGAAGUAAAAGUGAGCUUAUGUUUAACACGCGUCACGGUGUGGGGGUUGCGCUCUGAUAAGAGAAAUCUUUUACGAGCACAUGAAGUUCACUGCUGUCACCAGUGCAACCAGUGCAGCACCAGUUUGCUAUGGAUGCAUCGGACUUGAUUGAGAUCUCCUGCAAGAUACUUGAGCGCUUAGCAUAUUUAGUGUCAGGGUUUGACGUUAUUCGUGUCAAAAUCAGGUGGCGAGCUACCUGUUGGACACCCCCAGGGUAAGUGACGUUAAAGAUAAAGAGGAGAAGGAGCAAGUAACCCUGUAGUAUUUUAACCGCUGCGGUUGACCGAGAGGGGAAACAUUUUCCAUGUAAAAUAGUACAAAAAAACAGCGUGCUGCUUGAAAAGAUGAGAGAAUUUCCGCGUCUCUCGUGGCCAAUUACGACCGGAGAGAUGUGCAAUUAGAUGAAACGUUGAACAAAACAGAGGGAGAAUAAUUCCAGUCAAAAAGCUGAUUUAUUUGUGCUUAUUUUAAUAACGUCUUUUGAGUGACGCUCCACACAGUGAAAUGAAGGCAACAACACCACGAAGGUUUCAGUCGCGUGCCCUACAGAGCAGCACGCUGUUUACGUACUGUACUAUGCAACCGCAAACUGCGUGCAAGGCUUCAUGCCGUGGCCUCCCCGAGCAUCUCCUUUUCCACACAGCUUCAUCUGGACUGUCAAGGGAAUCUUGUGUUUAUUGUGGAUUUGUCUGUGGAAGGUGAAAACCCCCCAGCGGCUAAUGCGCUAUUUGCAUGCAUAAUAUACCCUUCUUGUUUAUAAAGAGGAAUUAGAGAAAACCAUGUGACUUUGGAGGUGGGCUGCGUUUAAAGGCAAAGCUCCAAGUGACUUCAAAUAUUUCUUUUGCAAAAUAAAAAAGCCGUUCUGAAGAUUGUCUGCUCUAAUCUUGUCUUUUCACACAUUGUAUG